UGCGUGGCCGCGGUGGAGGUAAUCCUCGUAGAUCCGAUUUAAAUCGGGUCCCGAGCGCCGUUUGGAAGCAUUCGGGGUUUGCUCGGGGAGUUGAGAGGCGAACAGCCGCAGUGCAGCUGCGGCGGCGGGUUCGGGGACCAGCAGCCUCGCUGCGGUCAAAUGCAACUCUUCAAACGGCAAAACCAUUCAGUCGCUCACAAAUCUGUUACAUUGUUUCUUUUUACUCCGCCGAGUUGGAUACGUGUGGCGCGUUUAGCUCGGAACCGGAGCCGCUGCCGACCAAGGAGGUUAUAAACGUGGGAAGCGAGUCCCCGGCUGUGUUCGACGGGACAGUUUCAUUGUUCUGCGCUACAGCAUGACCACAGCAACGUCGGCUCAUCUGGUAGUUCUGGCAAAUGGAGGAGGUUUCAAUGUCCAGCCUGGACAACAGCAAGCUGGAGGGCCUAGCUCAGGACAUCCUGUCUGACCUGCUGGAGGAUGCAUGCCUGGGUCUUUGCUUCGAGGUCCACCGGGCCGUCAAGCAGGGCUAUUUUUUCCUGGAUGACACGGACCAAGAAAGCAUGAGGGACUUUGAAAUCGUGGACCAGCCAGGAUUGGACGUGUUCGGCCAGGUGUACAACCAGUGGAAGAACAAAGAGUGUGUAUGUCCCAACUGCAACCGGAGCAUCGCUGCCUCACGCUUCGCCCCGCAUCUGGAGAAAUGCCUGGGGAUGGGACGCAACAGCAGCCGGAUCGCCAACCGCAGAAUAGUCACCGGUAACAAUGCCAACAACAAGUCAGAGAGCGACCAAGAGGAUAACGACGACGUCAACGAUAACGACUGGUCUUACGGCGCGGAAAAGAAAGCCAAGAAAAGAAAAUCUGACAAGAAUCCAAACUCACCCCGAAGAUCUAAAUCAUUCAAGCAUAAGAGCAGCAUGAUGGGGCCGAGACACCGCAUGGACAACCAAGAGAGCCCUCGCAUGCUGAUGAAAGAUGAGGCAUUCCCUCAGUAACGCACUCGGCCACAACACACACAUUCUGUUGCCGUCGUGUUUGCACAUACACACAAACACGCACACACAGGAAGACCAGUAACAUGUUGUAGGUGACAUUCAUGGCGUUUGCUGCUCUGCAGAAGAAGUCUAGACCUCCCACUGUAUACUUGACAGAUUUUUUUUCCUUCCACAACAUCAUCGUACCAACACUCAUUUCUUCUUUUGAUUUAGUUAUUUUGGUCUCUGAUUUUGUUGUUGUUGCUGGAGUCCAAAAUAAUAAAUAUCAACAUGCAAGAUUGCACUGCACAGAGGUAGUGUAGCUUCUGGGGUCAUUCAUGCAGCUGUGUGAAGAGCGAACACGUGCAAACACGGUAUGUUUUGUUUUUUUUUAGAUACAGAAAUGAUUAGGGUGUACUUCUAUUUCCUCACCUUUCUUUUUAAAAUUGCAUUCUUUGAAAAAAUUAUGUCAGACAAUUAUUACGAAUGAUUUGUCAUUUAUUUUAACAUUCACUGCAGGCUCUCAGUUCUCCAGUUGAAUCACAAAACAGUGUUUGAUAAAGAAUCAACCCUCAGUUUGUCAUUCACCUGUGGAAACUUGUUUAUAAAAACAGUUCAGUAAAUGGGCCUUUAAUUGUACAAACAGGUAUAUGCUGCUGACUGCAGAUUUGUUUCGUUUCAUUUUUGGUGGAUUUGUCAGCUUGUUUUCUAGCACACAAAAUGUCUUUGUAUGUGUUUACAUUGUAAAGGGUAACAUAUAUCUUUAGUGUGAUGUGAUAGUGUAAAUAUUCCAAUAGUUGAAUUGCUGCUAUCAUGGCUCAGUUUGUUUCUUCUGUUUAACAUAAUAAAUGAUGUUACCUGUC